AUGGGGUGUAGCAUUCUAUCUACUGGGCCUCGUCAGGCUACCCUCCCUUCGUCUCCCGGGGUUUGCCCCAUUUUCCCGCUUUCUCCUUCAACCUGGCCUGGACCCAAGGUACUCAAAACCGCCGGCCGGCUUCAGGUCGCAUCAAUCCCAUUUCCCAAAUUGGAUUUUCCGCUCUUGCCUCCCUGGAGAAAAAAAAAAAGAAGUGCUCUGUUUCCCUUGGUAAUCUAG